GGGGGGGCCGGGCGGGGGGGCGGGCGGCGCGGAGCUGCCGCCUCAGCACUUUCGGCAGAACAAUGGGGCCGGGCGGGAGGGGCCGGGCCGGGGCCGGUGGCGGCCCCGCCGCGCCGCCGCUCGCCUCACGCCGGCCCGCUCCGCCCGCAGGCAGCCCCGAUGGCCAAGCAGCCCCCUGAGGUGAAGGCGCAACGCGACGGCGAGGGCGGGCGGCUGCCGGCGGCGGAGGGGCCGGGCCCGGCCGCGCAGCUGCGCCCGGGCGCCCCCGCCGCCCUGCCCGGCUCCGCCGCCGCCGCGGGGCCUCCGCCGCGGGGCCCGCCCGCCAGCCCCGGCCCCUUCGCCACCCGCUCGCCGCUCUUCAUCUUCGUGCGGAGGUCGCCGCUGCUGUCGCGCUCCUCCAGCGGGUACUUCUCCUUCGACGCUGAGCGCAGCCCCGCGCCCCUCAGCUGCGACAAGGCCACGCAGACCCCCAGCCCGCCCUGCCAGGCCCUCAGCCACUGCCUCAGCGCCAUGGCUUCCCGGUGGCAGUCUCACUUGCUAGCAGAAGACGUACAGCCUGAAAUCUGGAUUGCACAGGAGCUGCGGCGCAUCGGAGACGAGUUCAAUGCCUCCUAUUGUCCAAGAAGGGGUUUCUUGGAUAACCAGGCAGGAAAUCCCCAGAUCAUCAUUUUGCGCCUCCUGCGUUACAUCAUCCGCCUCAUCUGGAGGAUGCAGUGAGCACAGGGCACAACCCAAGGCACCGGACUUGUUUACUCCUUGGGAAAGCCCGGGGAGGAUGGACAGACAGACGGAUGUGGGGCUCCCUGCACCACCCGGUUCCCACCCUGCCUCUCCCCCAGGACACGUGGCGGGGGCCAUCAGAUGAGGGUGGACAUCCCAUGCUGACCUGCUGGGACUCUCCGUUGCAGGAUUUUGUCAGAGAGUGGUGUUUACUGCGUUUCUCUCAACCUCUCAUUUUUUAUUAUUUUUAUUUUUCCUAAAGAGUCUCAGAGAAAAUAUUCAACAGCAAUGGAAUAUUUUUUUUUUUUUUGGUCAUCAUUUCUGGAAGCGUGUUGGCUUGUCUGGGAUAAACCCUGCAGCGAGGAAAAGGAAAACCUGAGCCAGCUAAUGGGCAGAGCCGUCUCGGUUUGCUUUGCAGACCUUAUUGCAGAGACUCAUGGAGCCCUCCCCUCUUCUUUUGCCUCCUGGGCAUUUGUCCGUAAGAAAGGGUGGCGAUGAUGGAAGAAGGGCAGAGGGAUUUAAAUCAGCACUUCUUUUACCUGUAAAUACCUAAUGCUACCCCAAAUCCACUUUCAUUUGCAUCAUGCAAAUAGCCUAUUUCCUGCUGACUGAUUUUUUUUUUUUUUUAAUUUUUUUUACAUUUUUUUUUUUUAAACUCUGAAUUUCAAGAUUUAGCUGUCAGACUCCCAGGGUCCAAAAUAUCACAAAAAAAAAACAAAAAACAAAACAAAAAAAAAACAACAAAAAACAAAAAUCAAAACAAUCCACCAGGUUGCCUUUUUUUUAGAAAUUCUUUCUAUAAAAUGUGUGAAUACGCUUAUGUAUUGUAUAUUAUAAUAUAUAAUGUUGGUGACUGAGUAAUUAGCAAUAAAACAUUUUCGGAGGCAGGUAGAAGCAGUUCCCAGCACACCGCAGCUUUGCACCCGGAGACGACGGCUCCUGCUGCAUAACUUCAGGAACUGUUUGAAGUUGCUGUUGAACCCAGGAGAGUUUUUAAGGCGCUGGAUUUUAUUAUUUUUUUUUCCCCCUGGGAUCCUCGCCGUGUUCAGACAGGCCAGCCUGGAGCAGGGGGAUGAGCGGGACAGGACUGGCAGCAUGAAGACCCUGGAUGCUGGUGUGCAGGGAUGCAGCUGGAAGAGGUGCCAAAGGAUGCCAGCCUGGUGCAGAUCCAGCUGGGGACUUGCUGUGUGGGGUCUGCUCCCCACUGACUGCCCCAUCUCCUCCCAGAUUGCCCUCCUUCCCUUGGGAAGACCUGACCAGGUGCUCCAUGCUGUCCCAGGGCAUCUCCCUUUCCACCUGGAGACCCCACAGCCUUGCUGGAGGAGCCCCGAAGGCUUGUUGGAAGAAGCGCAUCUGUUGCCUUGGGGGGGGCCCCCCCCGCUGUCUCUGGUUCAGCUCGCGAGCGGGCGGCUGCUGCACGGUGGACGCUUUCAGCAGGGUAUCUAUGCACAAACGUACCCUUCUGCCUCCGGAGCUGCCCCUUCCCUCUGGCUGGUGCAGGUGGGCCUCAAACCCACUUCCAAACACCGUGGGUUUUAUUUCUGGUUUCACCAGCACCAUAGGGAAAAAAAAGGAGGAGAAAAAAAAAAAAACAAACAAAAAACCCCCCACAAAACAAAAACAGAAAAAGAGAAAAACCAAACCCAAGCCCACGAUAUUGUUUUUCCCUGCAAUACGUGUGCAGGGAGAAGCUGUUGAGUGCCAUGUAUGAUUAUUAGUGUUUUUAAUGAUGGACAGACUGUACAAUCUGACCUCUAUGCACUGGCUGCCUGUGCCUGUCGGGUAGGUGACGAGCUGUGGUGUCGGUGCAGGGCUGUGUGCCUCCGACUGCACUCCUCUGGAGGAUUACGGAGCGAUUUUUAAUUUUUAUUGUAAAUUUAUUAACUGUUUUUGGACCUGCAAGAUGAGUGAGCAUCGGUUGCAGGAGUUGGCCUCAGCUGCAGGAGCAGGGGAUGUUUUGGAAAGGGUGUCGUGGAGAGAGUCCUGGGGGGAGCCUUUGCACUGGUGGAGAGCGAGCGGUUACAUUAACUGGUGAGUUUGGCCAGGGCAGGUUCCUGCUGGUUGUCCCCUGGGUUGUGGCUCGCCGUAGCCGUGCUGCCCCAGCCGUGUGCCAGCCAUCGCCAUUUUUCUGUAGGGUUUAUGUAGCAAUCCCCAGCGGGGUGGCUGCUGCUGUGGGUUUCUCAAGGGAACCCAUGUGGAAUUGCAUGGCUGUUGAUAAAAGAAAAAGUACAAAAUUCAGCAGCCAAGGGGGAAACCAAAUGAGCUCUUUUUCCCAGUUGAGUUUUCAUCUGUCAUCGGAGGAUGAAAUGGUGCUUUUUGGGUCUUAUAGCCUUACAGCGUCCAGGCACCGCCCCGCCCAGAAUGUGUCCCUUGGAGUACACCAAAGAAAUGUUGAGCACUUUACCCCGUCCUCCCCACUGGGCCGUCCCAGCCAACAACGGAGAAAAAAAUUAUAUAUCAUUUUAAGGGAAAAAAAUCAAGGUAUUGGCACUAUCUGCCUGGAACUUUCCCAUAAGGAGGAGUUCCCGGCCAAAAGGUAGGCAUAGAAAAUUAGCCCCCAAAAACAAAUUUUACCCAUGUAGAGCUGUGAGGUUUAGGGGAAAAAAACAACCCCAAACCCAAAAAGCCUCUGAGCAGAAGAAUGUUGUUUUUAAAUAGCAAUUAUGCUCAUCUUUGCUGUGUUGGCUGACUGCUCUGGAUCAUUUUUAGUGUAACCUGUGGUCUCUGUUCUACCAAAAGGAUGUGAUGAAGAGUUUUCCUUGGUUGCAGGGAAACCAGAUUUAUUCCCGGGCAGUCUCACACAAUGUGUUAAUGCUUCUCUUUCUCCAUAACUGUAAAUACCUGAAUAUUUAUUAGAGUAGGGCACCGUAUUAUUUUUCAUCAUCUGAGCCAGAUAUCUGUGUGCAAUGUAUUUCCUUUCCUUUCUCUCAUGUAAGUUUUGUACAGCUUAUAAAUAAGUAAAAAAAAACAACCAAAACUGUUUUCCUAAACUUUUUUAGAGUUCAACUUGUUAAAUACUGUAGAUUCUUUUUUUUCCCUGUGUCGUUAAUGCACUCUACUGUUCCAUAAUGCUGUAACUUGUAGAAAUGUUGUAUAUUUAUUUUCUGCUUAUUUAAGUUCCUGUAAAGAUUUUGUUUCCCCCUGCUCUCCUCCCUGCCCCUGCAAUAAGUGAUGGAUCACCUUCCAAAACACUGUCUUCUCCUGGCAGCGCAGCCAACAUGGUUUGGAUAAUGAGAUUUAUUAUUAUUUUUUUUCUCAAAGUGCCUAAGUCCCGCUUCCUGGUAGUGGUUUAGGCACAAUAAAGACUUCAGCAUUAGUGAAAUUCAGUGGGAAUUUGGUUUAUGUAUCCCCGUGAUUUUUGCCACCCUCAUCUUUAAAGCCAUCCAUCUCGGCCACUUUCCCUGGUCCGGCUUUAACAUGAGGUACCGCCCCGGCGCGUGCUGAUACGCCGAUGAAUCACUAACUCGUUCCACAGGACCCAGCAUAUGUAGCAUUUUUACUGCAAUUUCCCUGGCUUACUUGUGUUUUGCACUGAUGAAUUUUGGACAGGGUAAUUGCCACUUUACUUGUGCAAUACUGCUGUAAAUAAUUGCAGAUCUUUUUUUUUUUUUUUUUUUAAGAUGCAAUCUUUUAUGUUCUUAAUAUGAGUUUUAUAUGAAUAAAAACUUUCAACUAUU